UAGGGCCCCAAUAAUUGCGAAACAACGCCUCCCCUGUGCUUAUAUGAAGUGAGAGAGAGAGAGAGAGAGAGAGAGAAGAGGAGAGUGAGUGAGUUACCUAGAGAAGAUGGAAGGUGCUGAGGCAACUCGGAUAAUGAUGGGAGUGAACGAGUCAACAAUAAAAGGGUAUCCACACGCAUCGAUUAGUAGCAGAGGAGCUUUUGAUUGGACUCUUCAAAAGAUCGUUCGAUCCAAUACCUCUGGUUUUAAGCUUCUUUUCCUCCAUGUUCAAGUCCCUGACGAGGAUGGUUUUGAUGACAUGGAUAGUUUGUAUGCCUCACCUGAGGAUUUUAAAAACAUGAAGCAUAGGGAUAGGACCAGGGGACUUCAUCUGCUGGAGUACUUUGUCAAUAGAUGCCAUGAGAUUGGGGUUGCCUGUGAAGCAUGGAUCAAGAAAGGAGAUCCCAAGGAAGUAAUUUGCCAUGAAGUAAAACGAGUCCAGCCAGAUCUCCUGGUUGUUGGAAGUCGCGGUCUUGGCCCUUUUCAGAGGGUUUUUGUGGGAACAGUGAGUGAAUUUUGCCAGAAGCAUGCUGAAUGUCCAGUGAUCUCAAUUAAGCGUAGAGCUGAUGAAACUCCUCAGGAUCCUGUUGAUGACUGAAUUUGUCUCGAUUGUGAAUCGUCUUUUUUCCCUGUAUUAAAAGAUCAUGAACGCUAUGAACAUGCACAUGUGAAUGUUGUCCUGUUUGAGUAUAUGUCUUGCCGAUGCUGAUGAUAAAUGGAAGUCAAUGCCCUUGUUGAAACUGUCGUACCUUUCGCAGUUUCAUGGUCAA